AUGGCGAGGAGACAUUUCAAGCCUCGAGCAAUUGAUAUAACAACGCAACUGACACUUUCCAGCAACAAGUCAUUGCGAUCCACGGCUCAUGUUGGCAAUGACCGUCAGGCGGAUCAGGGGCAAAGGCUAGAGCAAGCUUCGAAACCGAUAAAAGCUGCCAACAUUACAACCACUUGUCAAGAAAACGAUCCAAAAGAUCAUCGAAAAAUUGUCCUCGACGAUAGGGCGAGCAGCGAUUGGUCACAGAACCAAUAUCGAGCUUCUGCAACUGAAGGAAAGGAAGUUGAUGCAGGAAAGCUGUCCAAAGUUGUCCCCUAUCAGCUUCAGCAGUGGAUGUUUGAGACUUCGAAUCCAAACAUCACCCUUGCUGAGAGGCUCGAGAAGUCUAAAUGGAAUUGUGGGGAUGCAGUUACUGAGAAAUGCUUGAAUAUGGAAGAAAGUUGUGGGAGUUGGGGACGGAAGCCAUAUGACUGGAUUCUCUUUGAUGAAUAAUGGGUGAUACACGG